AAGGCAGCUCCUAAUUCAAUCACCAUUCAUUUUCUCCAUCUCUCUCUCUCUCUCUUUCUAAAGUCAAGCUUUUCGUCUGAAAGGGAACACCUUCCAAGAACCAGAAAGGCAAAAGAAGAAGAGAGCAUCCAAAGAAGAACCCCAUUAAUGGAGAUAGAAGCAGCAGCAGAAGAAACAGCAACAGAACUCAUUUUCGACAGCACGACUUCCUCGCCGUACAUAACAGCUCCUUCAAGCCCAACUCGAUUUGGCAAAAACAAUGCUUUCUUCUUCAGUGCACCUACAAGCCCUUCUCCUUCAACUUCCUCCAACACACCCUAUGAUUGGGAAGACCAACCAAGAACUCCCAAGAAGAGAUCAGCCAGCGAUUUAGACGACGAUUUCGAGUUCAAUUUUAGUGGUCAACUGGAUAAAUCUUCUUUCUCUGCCGCCGAUGAGCUCUUUGAUGGAGGAAAAAUUCGACCUUUAAGACUCUCACCCACUCCUCCUGCUGUUUGUUCUCCCAGAUCUAGGGCUCUUGAGAAAAAAGAUUCUGAUCGAGGAAGAGACCGGUCUCCGGGAUCUUCUUCGCGCUAUGAUCAUAAAGGAAGCCGUUCUAUGUCUCCGUUGAGGGUUUCAGAUAUUAUGGUCGAUGAAGAAGAAGUACAUAAGUCGACAAAAAUAGUUUCUUCCAACACAAGCAACCAAAAAUCCUCUGUUUUCUUGUCAGCGAUUCUGUUCCCUGGUCGAGCAUACAAGAAGUGGAAACUCAAUGAUCUGUUGCUAUUCAGGAGCGCAUCGGAUGGAAGACCGGUUCCCACCAAUGAGUCCUUGAAAAGAUAUGAUAUACGUACAAAGAAAGAGGUCGAGGAAGCGAAAAAUUCAAGUAUCCGGUCGAGAGAAAGUUGUGAUUCGUCGGUGUCAAGGUCAAGGAGGAGGCACGGAGCGAUGGUUUCGGCUCACGAGAUGCAUUACACUGAAAACAGAGCAGUGUCGGAGGAGCUGAAGAGGAAAACAUUCUUGCCAUACAAGCAAGGCUGGUUAGGCUGCUUAGGGUUUAACCCUGCGGUUCAUGAAAUUGCAAGAGUUGGAUCCUUGUCACGUGCUUCCUCUUGAUCGCUCUUGUACUUUUCUUCUAUAUUAUUGUUUUGAUGGCUUUAAUUUUCAGAUGUGUUGAUGAGGUUCCAUCGGAUUGACGGAAAAUAUGAUAUUGUUUAACUCGUAAGGUUUGAUACAAAUGAAUAAAGGGAAGAAAAAAAACAAAUGUAAAAUUGGCGUAUGAUGUA